GCAGCAGCAAUGUCACAGCUGUAUUACAGGAAAGCUGACCAUUCGUCAUACAGAGACUGCAUCCCUCUGCGCAUCGUGCGGGCAGAGUCUGAGCUCUCUGCCCUCGAAAGGGCCUACCUGGGUGCUGUUGAGAAGGGGGACUAUGCCAGUGUGAAACAAGCCCUGGAGGAGGCUGAGAUCUACUUCAGGAUCAACAUCAACUGCAUCGACCCCCUGGGGCGCACAGCUCUGCUAAUUGCCAUUGAAAAUGAGAACCUGGAGAUCAUUGAUCUGCUGCUCAGCUAUAAUGUGCAUGUGGGUGAUGCCCUGCUACACGCCAUCCGCAAAGAGGUGGUGGGUGCCGUGGAGCUGCUGCUCAACCACAAGAAGCCACGUGGAGAAAAACAGGUCCCACCAAUUCUACUGGACAAACAGUUUUCAGACUUUACCCCAGACAUCACUCCAAUCAUCCUGGCAGCCCACACCAACAAUUACCAGAUCAUCAAACUGCUUCUGCAGCGAGGCGUUUCUGUACCUCAGCCACAUGCUGUGCGCUGCAACUGUGUGGAGUGCGUUUCCGGUUCAGACGUGGACGGCCUGCGCCACUCACGCUCCCGUCUUAACAUCUACAAGGCCCUCGCCAGCUCAUCCCUAAUCGCCCUCUCCAGUGAAGAUCCGUUCCUCACUGCGUUUCAACUCAGCUGGGAGCUGAAGGAGCUCAGCACAGUAGAGAAUGAGUUCAAGUCUGAGUACGAGGAACUCUCCCGAAUGUGUAAACAAUUUGCGAAGGACCUCUUGGACCAGACCCGGAGCUCUAAAGAGUUGGAAAUAAUCCUCAACUACCGCGACGAUAUCAACCCUCUCCUGGAUGAGGUCACCAACGAUCUGGCCCGACUGAAGCUGGCUAUCAAAUAUUGCCAGAAGGAGUUUGUUGCUCAGCCCAACUGUCAGCAGCUGCUGGCAUCUCAGUGGUAUGAUGAGUUCCCAGGCUGGAGGAGGCGUCACUGGGCCGGAAAACUCAUCACAUGUAUCUUCAUUGGCCUUCUCUUUCCACUUUUUUCCAUCUUCUACAUUAUCUCUCCAAAGAGCCGCUAUGGCUUAUUCAUCCGUAAACCUUUCAUCAAGUUCAUCUGUCACACUGCCUCCUACCUGACCUUCCUCCUCCUGCUCCUGCUGGCUUCGCAGCAUAUAGACACUCCACAAAAUGACAUUCAAGGCCCAGCGCCCACCACUGUUGAAUGGCUGAUCCUGCCCUGGGUGCUUGGAUUUAUAUGGACUGAGAUCAAACAGAUGUGGGAUAGUGGUUUAGAAGACUACAUGGAUGACUGGUGGAACUUAAUGGAUUUCAUAAUGAACGCCUUGUAUCUUGCAACCAUUGCUCUGAAGAUUGUUGCCUACGCAAAGUACAGGGGGCCCAAAAGCAGAAAUGACUGGGAAAUGUCGCAUCCAACUUUGGUUGCAGAGGCAUUGUUUGCCAUUGCCAACAUCUUCAGCUCCUUGCGCCUCAUUUGCCUUUUCACUGCCAACUCCCAUCUGGGCCCCUUACAGAUCUCACUGGGCCGCAUGCUCCUGGACAUCCUCAAGUUCCUCUUUAUAUAUUGUCUAGUGCUUUUAGCCUUUGCUAAUGGCCUCAACCAACUCUACUCUUAUUAUUACACAAAUGAGGGCAAUAAUUGCAUCGGCAUUCGUUGCAAGGACCAAAACAACGCCUUCUCAACGCUAUUUGAAACACUGCAGUCAUUGUUUUGGUCUGUGUUUGGCCUGAUUUCCCUCUAUGUGACGAACGUGGAACCACGUCAUGAAUUCACUGAGUUUGUGGGCAGCACCAUGUUCGGCACGUACAACGUCAUCUCCCUGGUAGUGCUUUUGAACAUGUUAAUUGCAAUGAUGAACAACUCCUACCAGCACAUUGCUGAUCAUGCAGAUAUAGAGUGGAAGUUUGCAAGAACCAAAUUAUGGAUGAGCUAUUUUGAAGAAGGGGGCACUUUGCCAUCUCCAUUUAAUAUAAUACCCAGUCCAAAGUCAAUUUAUUAUUUAUUCAGUUGGAUAAAUUCCUAUUUGUUUAAGAGAACAAGUUUGAAAAGACUUGAAACCUUUGAAACAUUGGGGAGACGUGCGGCCGAUAAUGUGAGAGUAAACCAUGGGUAUCAGGAGGUUUUGAAGCACCUCAUGAAGCGCUACGUUGCAGCAAUGAUCAGAGAUGCCAAGACAGAAGAGGGACUAACAGAAGAGAAUUUUAAGGAGCUCAAGCAGGAUAUCUCCAGCUUCCGCUAUGAAGUCCUCGGAAUGAUGAAGGGAAAACCUCAAGGUGGAGUCACACCUAACGUGGCAAGCUCCAACUUGGCUUACCCUGGAAACUCAUUCAAGUAUUCUCCCAAAUUCCCUAUUGAUGAACCUCCACGGAAGCUGAGCAUGUUUGACAUGGUCUCCCCCACCUUCCAGAGUGGAGCUGGCACCACCACCACCACCACCACCACCACCUCUUUGGGCUCUAGAAAGCAAGAGCAAACACAGUGUUCAGUUGUUAUUUCCUGCAUAGGGCAGACUCGUAAUGAGCUAAACAGAAAUGUCUCAGAUGCUGGGUUUCUUCGGGGACAGAGAUUGCCCUCUCAGAAAUAUGAUGAAAUACACUCAGAGGAAGAUACUGCAACAUUUGGUGGACAAAAGCAAGAACACCUUCAGACUGAUGGAGGGAUUGUUGAAGUCUUGCAGAAAGUGGACAAGAGCAUCCGAGAGAUUGAACAUUCUUGCAAAGAGCAAGAGCAAAGUGUCCAUUCCAAUUGAAAUUUAUUUGUGUCUUUUUUUUAUGGACAAAUGUGGAUUUUGGGAUUGGGAACUACAAUGUGUAAAACAGUUUAUCAAAAAUAAUAGUAUAAUCUCAUAAUUUGGACCAUCAUUUCAGAUAAAACAAUAUUGUAUUCUGUAAUAUAUAUAAUGGAAUAAUGAUAAUAACAUUGUAUCUCACAUUAUAUUAAUCCCAUUUUACCAAGAGCAUUUGCUUCCAAUCAAUAUUGACAACCUGCUGCAUAUUCUAUCCUCUCCCCCCUUGGACUGUCUUCUGACUGUGCUAUGCAAAAUCAUAUUCAUCAUAUACUAAUUGUUUUAUAUCAUAUCAAUAAUAUCAUAUACUAAUUUCUCCUCUACUAGGUUAAUGGAAAUGUAUUUCAAUUUAAUUCCGGAACAAAUUCUAUAUUAAACUUUGACAAAUUAUACUGUAUACUGUCAACUUGCCAUGUAAACAAUGUUUAGAGCUUAAGGUCAGCUACUCUUUUACUCCACUAUUACCUUCCUAAAAUAUUUAGGGUGAGAGCAACCUGUUUUGUUCAUAUGUUGACGAAACCAAAGAUGCAUGCAAUCCCUCAGCUUGUAAUGACUCUCACUUGGGCAUCCCGUGAGUAACACACCCACUGUGGAAGCUUAUGAACAGCUGCACUCCAGGAACAUAUUUGAUAUCAUAUAUAAUUUUACUUAUUAGCAAGGACUUAGUGACUUAGUGUCUCUUAGUCGCUUUGGAUAAAAGCUAAAUGAGCAGAUGUAGCAGUUGGGAUAUGUUUGGAUGUUGUUUGUAGGUUGCAGCUUAUAAUCUGUCAAAUAAAAUUACUUUAAAUUACAAAUGUAUCAUGUUAGUAUUUGUGCUAAGAGCUUCAAAUGAAACAUUCUUUUUAUACUUUGAAAGGGUGGUAUGGUUCUUAUUACUUAUUACAAAAAAGGAUCAAAGUGGUGGUAGUAAGGAAGACCUUUCCAGAUUUACAACUGAAAAAAACUGAGACUUUACAUUACAAGUUCAGGUGUCAUGAUUGGAUGGCCUUUAUCAUUUACCUUUGUAUGUAUAACCUCUCCAAUGUAAAAAAAUAAAUACUGUGAAAAUAUUA